GAGAGCAACAGUUCUCAUGCAAGAUUGCUUUGUCUCUUUUUCCUCCCCAGAGUCUUGAGUGGCAAAUAACGUGUAUUAACCCUGGCGUUUACAAAAGGAGAAGAUGAAAGAUAUCGAUCUAGGAAAAGAGUUUGUUAUACCCAGUCCUGGGUAUAGAAAUGGGAGGCAGAGUGGCAGCCUGAACCAACACGAAGAACAAGAAGGGCUGAACUCCCGGCAAGAUACAAACAAGAAUGUGGCAUGCCAAGAUGCAUUGGAAACAGCUGCUCGAGCAGAAGGGCUUUCAUUAGAUGUCUUGACAAGUUCUCACUUGGGAGAGUUGGAUGAAGCCCAUCACAAAGGGAAAUAUCACUAUGGCUGGAACUUGAUGAAACCUAUCCGGACUACUUCCAAGUAUCCACACCCAAUUGAUAAUUCUGGACUUUUCUCCUAUAUGACUUUCUCAUGGCUGACUCCCCUGGCACGAAUAGCUUACAAAAAAGGAGAGCUACUAAUGGAAGAUGUGUGGCCUUUGUCAAUUCAAGAGUCUUCAGAAGUUAACUGUAGAAGAUUAGAAAGGUUGUGGCAUCAAGAACUCCAUGAAUGUGGGCCAGCCGAUGCCUCCCUUGGGAAAGUCAUCUGGGGCUUCUGUCGCACCAGGCUCAUCAUUUCCAUAAUCUGCUUGAUGGUUACGCAACUUGCUGGCUUCAGUGGACCAGCAUUUGUUGUGAAACAUCUCCUUGAAUACACACAGCAAAUGGAACCCAACCUUCAAUAUGGCCUGUUGUUAGUUUGUGGCAUCUUAAUGAUGGAAAUAGUGCGUUCCUGGUCCUUGGCUUUAACCUGGGCUCUAAAUUACCGCACCGGGGUCAGGCUGCGAGGAGCUGUCCUUACCAUGGCCUUUAAGAAAAUACUGAAGCUGAAAAAUAUCAAGGACAAGUCUAUGGGAGAGCUGAUCAAUGUCUGUUCCAAUGAUGGGCAGAGGAUGUUUGAAGCUGCAGCUGUGGGCAGCUUGCUGGCCGGAGGUCCCAUCGUUGCCAUCCUUGGCAUGAUAUACAAUGUUAUUAUUCUCGGACCAACAGGCUUCCUGGGAUCAGCCAUCUUCAUUCUUUUCUACCCAGCAAUGAUGUUUGCAUCUCGCUUCACAGCUUACUUCAGGAGAAAAUGUGUAGCUGUCACUGAUGAGCGUGUCCAGAAAAUGAAUGAAGUUCUCAAUUACAUUAAGUUCAUUAAAAUGUAUGCCUGGGUCAAAGCCUUCUCCCAGAAUGUUCAAAAAAUUAGAGAAGAAGAACGCAAAAUCUUGGAACGUGCAGGAUACUUCCAGAGCAUCACAGUGGGAGUGGCACCCAUCGUAGUGGUGAUUGCCAGCGUAGUGACUUUUUCUGUCCAUAUGGUUCUUGGCUAUGACCUCACUGCAGCCCAGGCUUUUACAGUGGUUACUGUGUUCAAUUCAAUGACCUUUGCUCUGAAAGUUACUCCUUUUUCUGUGAAGUCUCUUUCUGAAGCAUCUGUUGCAAUUGAUAGAUUUAAGAGUUUGUUUCUAAUGGAAGAGGUUCAUAUGGUAAAGAAAAAGCCAGCCAAUCCUCACGCAGCCAUAGAGGUGAAAAAUGCCACCUUGGCAUGGGAAUCCUCCCAUGCUAGUGUCCAGAGCUCACCAAAGAUGACCCCUAAAAUGAAAAAAGACAAGAUGGCUAAGAGCAAGAAAGAGAAUGCGAAGCUAGAGGAGCAUGAAGGACAGCAGGAGAUGCUCGCUGAACAGAAGGACCACCUCUUAGUGGACAGCAAUGACCCCCCAAGUCCUGAGGAGGAAAAGAAGCACAUCCAGCUGUCAAAUGUCCGACUUCAGAGGACGCUGUAUAAUGUUGACCUUGAAAUUGAGAAGGGGAAACUUGUUGGCAUUUGUGGCAGCGUGGGGAGUGGGAAAACGUCACUUAUUUCAGCCAUUUUAGGACAGAUGACUCUGCUGGAAGGCAGCAUUUCUGUUGAUGGAACAUUUGCCUACGUUGCACAACAAGCAUGGAUUCUCAAUGCAACACUUAGAGACAAUAUCCUAUUUGGAAAGGAGUUUGAGGAAGAAAGAUAUAAUACUGUCUUGAAUAACUGCUGUCUCAGACCUGAUCUGGCUAUCCUGCCAAAUGGGGACAUGACAGAGAUUGGUGAACGAGGUGCAAACCUGAGUGGGGGCCAACGCCAGAGGAUCAGCCUUGCUCGAGCCUUAUACAGCGACAAGGACAUUUACAUCCUUGAUGACCCCCUCAGUGCCUUGGAUGCCCAUGUUGGAAACCACAUCUUCAACAGUGCAAUACGAAAACAUCUGAAGUCGAAAACAGUUUUGUUUAUCACGCACCAGCUACAGUACCUUGUGGAUUGUGAUGAAGUGAUUGUCAUGAAAGAAGGCUGCAUCACCGAGAGGGGAAGCCACGAGAAUCUGAUGAAUUUGAAUGGUGACUAUGCAACCAUUUUCAACAAUCUGCAACUCGGGGAGACUCCACACAUCGAGAUCAAUGUAAAGAAGGCCACAAACAGUUCGUUGAAAAGGCAUCAAGAUAAAGGCACCAAAACAGGGUCUGUGAAGAAAGAGAAGGUCAUCAAGAAGGAAGAAGGUCAGCUCAUGCAGAUAGAGGAAAAGGGCAAAGGUUCUGUCCCCUGGUCAGUUUAUGGCAUCUAUAUCCAAGCAGCUGGAGGCCCCAUUGCUUUCAUCAUCAUCAUGGCACUGUUUAUACUGAAUGUGGGCAGCACGGCCUUCAGCAAUUGGUGGCUGAGCUACUGGAUCAAGCAAGGCAGUGGGAACACUACCUUGAGAUUGGGCAAUGAAACCGUUGUAAGCGACAGCAUGAAGGACCACCCUCACAUGCGUUAUUAUGCUGGCAUCUAUGCCCUCUCAAUGGGUGUCAUGCUGAUUUUGAAGGCUGUGCGUGGUGUUGCCUUUGUUAAGGGGACAUUGAGAGCAUCUUCCAGGCUUCAUGAUGAGCUUUUCCGACGGAUUCUUCGUAGCCCUAUGAAAUUUUUUGACACCACACCAACCGGGAGGAUCCUUAAUAGGUUUUCCAAAGAUAUGGAUGAAGUUGAUGUCCGCCUACCGUUUCAAGCCGAAAUGUUCAUACAGAAUGUCAUCCUGGUCUUCUUCUGUGUGGGAGUGAUCGCUGGCGUCUUCCCGUGGUUCCUCAUGGCAGUUGGGCCCCUUGUCAUCCUUUUUAUUAUCCUACAUGUUGUGUCUAGAGUCUUCAUUCGAGAGUUAAAGCGACUGGACAAUAUCACACAAUCUCCUUUCAUUUCACACAUCACCUCGAGCAUACAAGGCCUCUCUACAAUCCAUGCCUACAAUAAAGGGCAGGAGUUCCUGCACAGAUACCAAGAGCUGCUCGAUGACAACCAAGCACCCUUCUACUUGUUCAGCUGUGCAAUGCGAUGGCUGGCUGUUAGGCUGGAUAUUGUCAGCAUUGCCCUCAUUACGACUACUGGGUUAAUGAUUGUCUUCAUGCAUGGCCAGAUCCCUCCUGCAUAUGCUGGGCUUGCCAUCUCCUAUGCUGUUCAGCUAACAGGCUUGUUCCAAUUCACGGUCAGGCUGGCUUCAGAGACAGAAGCCCGCUUCACCUCGGUAGAGAGGAUUGAUCACUAUAUCAAGACUCUUUCCUUGGAGGCUCCGGCUCGGAUUAAGAACAAAGCUCCUCCUCUGGAUUGGCCUCAGGAAGGAGAAGUUACCUUUGAAAAUACAGAAAUGCGGUAUCGGGAGAACUUGCCGCUUGUCCUCAAGAAAGUCUGCUUCACUAUCAAACCCAAGGAAAAGAUUGGCAUCGUGGGGAGGACGGGGUCAGGAAAGUCCUCUCUGGGAAUGGCUCUCUUUCGUUUGGUUGAACUCUCAGGGGGCUGCAUUAAAAUCGAUGGAGUGAAAAUCAAUGACAUUGGCUUGGCAGAUCUCCGGAGCAAGCUGUCCAUCAUCCCCCAGGAGCCUGUGCUGUUUAGUGGUACUGUCAGGUCUAACUUAGAUCCAUUCUCACAGUAUGGUGAGGAACAGAUCUGGGAUGCUUUGGAAAGGACCCACAUGAAGGAUUGUAUCUCUCAGCUGCCCAUGAAACUUGAAUCUGAAGUAAUGGAAAAUGGUGAAAACUUCUCUGUUGGAGAGAGGCAGCUGCUUUGCAUUGCCAGAGCUUUGCUGCGUCGUUGUAAGGUCUUGAUCCUGGAUGAAGCGACAGCUGCCAUGGACACAGAGACCGAUCUACUGAUCCAAGAAACAAUCAGAGAGGCCUUUGCAGACUGUACAAUGCUGACGAUUGCUCACCGCCUUCAUACAGUUCUGGGCUCUGAUCGGAUUAUGGUGCUGAUGCAAGGCCAGGUGGUGGAAUUCGACACUCCGUCUGCUCUUCUGUCCAAUGAGAACUCCCGCUUCUAUGCCAUGUUUGCUGCUGCAGAUAAUAAGAUUGCUGUCAAGGGCUAAAAUUCAGGGCAACGUCACUUUAACCUGGAGGGUAUUGCAUUCUGCCUGUGGCAGGUAUUGCCUCCUCCUCCUCCUCGACUUCCUCCAUCUCCAUGUUCUCGAAGCAGAUUUUUGCCUUUUCUUCUUUUAAUUUUCAGCAUUGCGAGUCAAAAAGAAAAAAAAGUACUGUAAGGAGGAUUACUUUAUGUUUUUAUUAUGGUAUUUAUUCCAUAUUCUUCUUUCUAAUUUUUUGUUUUGUUUUUGUUUUUGCAAUUACAUGCACUCUACAGAAGUGGCUCAGGGAGCCAUGAUUAUAAAUGUCUCGAGAGGCCUAUAUUGAAGCUUUAUACAUGUAGCUGUAUCUAUACAGAAUUCUGUACAUAGCCUAUAUUUACAGUGGAAAUGUAAGCUGUUUAUUUUAUAUUAAAAUAAGCACUGUGUUAAUGCCAGUGCAUAUUCUUUUUCUAUCUUUUUUUUUUUUUUGUACAGUUUUGUGAUCCUGGGAAUCUGGUGCGUGCCAGGCCGCAAAGGGCGCUCUUUUUGUCUCUUACGGUCAGGCUUCUCUUUAGCGCUGGGCUUUCCCAGAUCAUUGGAUGGAAGUCGAACUUUUGCAGCAGUGUCCUUCUGUGUCCUGAUUCUCCUGAAUUGGCUCUGGAUGUGGACUCCGGUUAUGUGAUGCGGUCACACCGUACCUGUUGAGCACAGCGGCGUAUUGCUAGGGCGCGUCGAAGUAGCAAGAGCUGCUUCCCACGCCUCUUUCUGUAGAUGGAGCUCGGUUACUUUCCUUAUUUCCGAUUUCACGAGCGAACUAUGUCGCUCGCAGUAGGGGAAGAACUACCCAUUUGUCUCAGGUAUCUUUAACGAAGGAGGACUCGUCGUCGCUCACACCAGUGCAAUAAAGGGAAUGUGAGGACAUUCUCUGCCUGUAGAGUUUUAUAGAAAGGACAUGCACAUUCCUUCAGCCGAACAAACGCUCCUGCUCGUAAAUCAAGGACUCUUCAGGUUUGGGACUGUGGUGCUGCUUUGCAAAAGCUUUCAUAGUUGCCUCUGCCGAAUUACUGAUUUAGAGAUACUACUAAUGCUUCGUUUGGAAAGCUCUUCAGAUACUUUGAUAAUUGUAACAAUUAACAGUUUACAUUGCUCCAUAUAUGUGGCCACUUCCUUCCCCCCUGGAUAUUGGUUCCUGAAGUUGCUCCCCUCAUCCCCCCAUCUGCAAUUUUUAGCAGGUCCCUCCCUCUGCUGAUCAGGGUUUGACCGCUGUAGGAAAUGUUAUUUUCUUACAGUAAAGAGACCUACCUCAGGUUGCCGAGUCCUGUGUAGCACGUUACCAUGGUGGCUGUAGGCCGCCCCCGUCGUAUGGGCCCAGUAGCCCUGGCGGGCAUGGUCAGUCCUGUAAUAGCCGUUAACUUUCCAUCGGUCAGCGUCGCAUGUGGGUUUCUUUCUCUGGUCCGUCUGGACUUUCAUAGCCUUAGCAUGUUUGCUAAUUGUCUUGUCAAGACAAACAUCCGAGAAAGUGAAUAAAAACUAUUUUGGCUUUUGUAAA